UUUAUUUCCGAGUGGCAACAUUACACUCACCACGGUGCAAAAUCGAAAGAACAACAAACUUUUUUUCUCUGCUGUUAUGAAGUUUAAUUGAUGACUGUUACGUGUAUAUUUAAAUAUCAAGAUUUAUUAUUACAAUGUUGAUGCAUAAUUUACGGUGAUAUCUGGAUUGAAAUGAAUGAUGUUUUAGUUUUAAAUAUGACAUCCAAUUCUAAACGUCGUCAGAACCCUUCCAACAAAUAUGACAAACGUUUUACAUCCAGUAAACGAAAGUCCAAAAACGCAAUGUUUGAGAAGAAACCUCUUUUGGACCUGGAUAGUUCCGAUGAGGAAGUAACUCUUCAUGAUAUAAGGCAUUUUAAAAAGCCUUCUAAACAUUUUGUAGAGGCUUCUUCGUUGAGAAAAUUAAAGAAGCCAUCUAAUGGCAACUUUGUAGAAAAUACCAAUUCAUUAGAUCCAUUUCAGAAUUGUGAAUUUUUAGACUUAACGAUUGAAAAUUCUGAAACAUUGCAGAGUAUUUCAGUGAAGUACCAAUGUCCUAUAGCUGAUAUCAAAAGAGCUAACAACCUUAUGAGCGAUCAAGAUUUCUAUGCGCUGAAACAUCUAAAGAUACCAGUGAAAAAAUACAGCCUUCUCACAGAACUUCUCCCCGUCGCAUCCGAGACCAAAGCCGAACCGUCCACCAUCGUCGAGGAAGGCGACACGAGGACCAUAAAUAUCGGUAUAGGCUCUGCCGGACGCUGUCCCUCUCCUCAAGAUACUGCCGCUUUCUUCAAGCGUAUGGAUGAGGAUUUGGUAAAGAUUAUGUUAAGUACCAAUUCUCAAAAAGAUUCACUCGAAGCUGCAACUGUAAUUUUAACUGCCCCACAAAUUCAACCUCUUGUGAAAGAUCCUUACGACUGUGGUAUUCAAUGGAAUUAUUUGAUAGUUUUUAUUAUAGUGAUUGCUGUAAUCAUUCCUACUCUUAUUGCUUUGUACAUGUAUAUGCGAUCGCCUCACGAUUACUCUUCCAAUGCUCCGAAUGAAGAUUUUCAUUCAGACUCUAAAUUAGGUAUUGAAACUGGGAGCUAAUGAAAAAGUUAUCUAUCAAGUCAUUUAAAUUCUAAAGAUUUUAUAUAGGGUUGCUACUCCACAGGGAGGAAAAUACAGGGAAUGCAGAGAAUUUUGAGUUUUUCUUCAGAAACUGGGAAAUACAGAGAAUUUAGUUUCUUAUUUUUGUCUUUUACGAAAUGGUAACCACUCAAAGUGCAAUGGAUUAUUUUAUCAAUAAUUAAGGUCGAAUAUUUAAGGAUUUUAAUGCAAUAUUUAAGGAUGAUAUUUCAGCUAUAUUAAGCUGGUUCAUUUACUAUAGCGUUAUUUGUUUUAAGUAUGUUCACUGGUUCCUUUUGUUCUCUUUUUCCAGCAAUUGAAACUAAUAAAUAUAGUUAUCUCAAUACAGCUCAUACAAAAGCACAGGGGUUGUGUUUUUCCUCUUAAUAUCUUUAGUAUUAUAUGUACGGGGAAUUUUUUUUUUCCGGAUUUGAGUGGCAAUCCUGUUAUAGCUGAACUUAAGAUUUUAUAAAAUUUUAUAAAUUUUGCCACCAAUACAUAUCCAAAAAUUCUUCCAUCCUAUUUUUCCCCUAUUUAUUUUCUGUUAAGAGUUGUUUUUCUUU